AUCAGCCGAGAAACAAUGAAAUUCUUCUCAUUUAUCGCCUCUCUUCUCGUGCUCCUCUCAACUGCCAACGCAUAUUAUACUUACUAUUACUAUCCAAAUAAUAACAACUACAACAACAACAAUGGCUACACGACAUACUACUACUACCCGAAUAAUAACAAUAAUGGAUACUAUUACAAUAAUAAUGGGUACAACAAUGGAUACAACACUUACUAUUACACCUGGGGAAAGUAAUUUUAGAAUUGUUUGAAAUUGAGCGAAUAAAUGAUUUU